AUGAAUUUGAUUUCGCCGGUUCUUCUACUGACGAUCUGCCAGAGCCACGAGUUCACCUGCGCCGACGGGAGCUGCAUCCCGAAGACCAGGCGCUGCGACCUGUCUCUCGAUUGCCGCGACAAGAGCGACGAGAGCGACUGCGACCGCGUCCUCAUCCCCGAGGGCUACUCCACCCUCCUUCCACCGCCGAAGAUCAACCACGAGCCCGUGCCUCUCCACGCCUCGGUCUUGAUACGGACGAUACGCAGCAUCGACGUGGCGAACUUCAAGAUCUCCGUAGACCUCGAAUUCGUCCUGAAGUGGAAGGACACGCGGCUGCGCUACAGGAACCUCCAGGACGAUCGGAGGUCGAAUAAACUGAACGACUGGCAGAGCAUCUGGGUGCCCUCCCUCAAGAUAACGGACAUGACUCAGGGGAACGUGGCGUCUAAGCCUUUCAACACGGCCGCCUUCGUGAUCAAGAUGGCCGAGCCAGUGCCUGAUGACGACAGUGUCAUUUAUGAAGAUUACAUGUACAGUGGAACCGAAAACUACGUCAGGUUUCAGGAAGAAAUGACCGUGAGUUUCGCCUGCCCGUUCGACCUGGUCAUGUACCCGUUCGACCAACAGAAAUGCUACCUCGCCUUCGAAAUUCACGACUAUGACUUGUCACUUGGCUACUUCGUAAUGGAGGCCAACGAGUCGCGGUUUAUUGGGAACCGACGCCUCAUGGAGUACGUCCUCGACGGCGAGAGAACCUUCGUGUACGUCGACCACAACGCGAGUCAUGUCGCGGUGGAGUUGAAAUUCCGAAAUCAGUUCCUGUAUUACGUCGGGAACGUCAUCAUUCCAAGCCUCAUGCUCACGAUCCUCUGCUACAUCACUCUCUUUUUCGACGAAAAUGACUUCAAUGAUCGCAUCAUGGUGUCCCUAACAUCUCUCCUGGUCCUCGUCACGCUCUUCUCAGACUCCGGCAAGUCGAUUCCCAAGACGGCCUACUUCAAGCUCAUCGACGUGUGGUUCAUCUCGCUCAUCUGGGAGGACUUCUGCAUCAUCCUGUCCAUCAUCUACAUCGAGGAGGUCCGGCAGGCGUCCCGCUCGAGCCCGAAGGCGAAGUCGACCUCAAGCAUCCCCACAAUUCCUCAAAGUCUCAGAGGCGGCAAAGAGCGCCACGUUCGAAUCAAUGACAUCGUAACUUGGCUCUUUGCUGCCACUCUGUUGAUCAUCCUUGCUGUCAUCAUUCCCCUGGGUGUCCAUGGGUUAACGAUGGAAGUAGAGAUAAAUUUCAAAGAAAUGGUGUAAACUCUGUAAAGUUCGGAAAAUAUUAAGGUUCGGUGUAUUGUCGUAUUGAAAGCUGUUAAUGUCAUGUGUAUAUGCUAGAGCAGAGGUUCCUUGCUUUAGGGGUGUGAGUGGUUUCCGGGGGAUGAGAGCCUAGAGGGACACUGUAGGAAUUCCCUCGGUGUUCUUGGAAUUCUCUCAGUAACUGUAGAUAUGACGGUUACUUGGGCAGAUUUCUGUGCUCAAUGAAUAAAAAUACACAAUUUCUCAGGUUUUGCUUGAAGUUCAGAAUGGGAUUUUUGAUCAUUCGAUUGAAUGUGUGAGGCAAGGUGGGAAGGACUGGCAGCAAAGGGUUGGGCCAAAGAAUUAAGAACAAUUGUCUCAAAAAUCAAGUCAAUUAAACACACUUAACCAACCCUACUUCCAUACAUUGAUUACAGUUUGUCCUAUCUGAUAUUACUUUAUAAUCACAUGAAUCGUAUCACUUUUAGAGAUAUUCACUUAUUCGUCUUGCUAUUUCUUAUGCUUGCAAUUUUAGAGCAGAGACCUCAAACUUGAUUCUUAUUCCAGUUGCUAUAUGUAACUGAGCCGAAAUCAACUUUCCAAUUAAUUACAUAAACACUCUCAACGGAAUAUGGAAACCCAGUGUCUCAGUGCACCCUCUUGGGUCCAGAUGUAUAAAUAGUCCAACUAGGGUUUCUAGUUCACCAUAGUCUAAACAAACCUGGGGACCUAGAGACCUAAUCUAGAGACCCUAAUCAAAUUUGCUUUAUCCUGGAUUCCCUAGCCUAACCUAAACUAAGAAUCCAUUUCUAGAGACCCUAACCUUAAAUAAAUCCUGAAAUGAACCAAAUCAAGCCUUAGGCCGCGUUCUGGCCCUUCACUGAGGACAGAGGCCUUUACCCACAGUUCACUUUUGUUCUGUAGGUUUUUUGAUCGGUAAAAUUUUCCUCAUCAGCCAAAUGAAUUGACCAAUGCGUCAAAUAAGCUCAUUAGUUAAGCUGCCUUUCAAUACAUGCAUUUCUUUUCCAAAA